AUGUCGGCCGCCGAAAACAGGGUGCUCAUGAGGUCAAUGGGGCAAAACAGUAUCGUUCAGCCGUUGUUGACGGAUUUAUAUCAAAUCACGAUGGCCUAUGCUUAUUGGAAAGCGGGAAAACAUCAUGGUAACGCAGUAUUCGAUGUAUACUUCCGAAAAAACCCUUUCAAUGGCGAAUUCACCAUAUUUGCUGGCCUUGAAGAAUGUUUGAAGUUCCUGGAGACAUUCAGGUAUUCCGAUAGUGAUAUAGCUUACUUGAAACAAAUACUACCAGCAUGCAUUGAAGAACAGUUUUAUGAAUAUUUGGCAAGUCUCACAGCCGAUGAAAUCAAGUUGUAUGCUGUGAAAGAAGGAACAGUUGUUUUUCCAAGAGUUCCUAUGAUAAGAGUGGAAGGUCCUUUGAUAGUUGCUCAACUGUUGGAAACAACAUUAUUGAAUCUAGUGAACUUUGCCAGCUUAAUGACCACCAAUGCAGCUCGCUACAGAUUAGCUGCAGGAAAACUUAAACUUUAUGAAUUUGGAUUGAGAAGAGCUCAAGGACCUGAUGGAGGCCUGUCAGCUUCUAAAUAUUCCUAUGUUGGUGGGUUCGAUGGUAGCAGCAAUGUUCUGGCAGGAAAGCUUUUCAACAUUCCAGUAAAGGGCACACAUGCCCAUGCAUUUAUAACUUCUUUCAAAUGCUUGGAAGAGUUGAAUACUUCAACAUUGGUUCCAAAACAAGGAGGCACUACAGGAGAUUUUCUGGGCAAUACUUUAAGAUGGAGGGAAAAACUUUCCCAGUUGCUCAAUAUUGUAUUAUCUGAGGUGAAUAAUGGUGAGUUAGCUGCCUUUGUUUCUUUUGCAACUGCAUUCCCAGAUGGUUUUAUGGCACUAGUAGAUACAUAUGAUACAGUACGUAGUGGGCUAUUGAAUUUUUGUGCUGUAGCACUUGCUCUACAUGAUUUUGGGUAUAGAGCAAUAGGAAUCCGUCUUGACAGUGGUGACUUGGCAUAUCAGUCCCAAGUGGCGAGAAACUAUUUCAAUAAAAUUGCAAGUGAAUACAGCCUUCCCUAUUUUUCUGAACUAAACAUCAUGGCUUCUAAUGACAUCAAUGAAGAAACCAUUCUCAGUUUGAAUGAGCAAGGCCACUGUAUCAAUUCAUUUGGCAUUGGGACCCAUUUGGUGACUUGUCAGAAGCAACCUGCCCUGGGAUGUGUCUACAAAUUAGUGGAGCUAGAUGAUGAACCCAGAAUCAAGCUUAGUCAUGAUGUAGCCAAAGUCACCAUUCCAGGUAAAAAAAAUGUAUUCAGGUUGUAUGGCCAUCAAUUUUCUUUGAUAGAUCUCUUACAAAGACCAGACGAAGUGCCUCCAACAAAUAACCAAAAAGUACUGUGCAGACAUCCAUUCCAAGAGUCCAAAAGGGCCUAUGUUAUCCCAUCCAAAGUGGAAGAUUUGUUGAUUCUGUUCUGGUCCAAUGGGAAGAUUUGUCAGAAAUUGCCUAACUUGCAAGAAAUCAGAGACAAUGUUCACCAUAAUUUGAGCAUUUUGAGGAAUGACAUCAAGAGAAGUUUGAAUCCUACUCCAUAUAAGGUUUCUGUGAGUGAUAAUUUGUACCAUUUUUUACAUGAUCUGUGGUUAGACAAUGCUCCUAUAGGAGAGCUGUCUUGA